AUGUGUUUCAGACAACUUGAUCACCAUGGCAUCUGGCUUAUGCCUGCAUCUCAGAUUGUCUCUCCGUUAUUGGGAGCUGGAAGGGAAAGGACCACAGGCGGUCUGUACUCCCACGACCAAUCAUCUGCAGUGCUGGGAACGGAUGUCCCCAUGAACCCCGGUGCCUCCUUGUCUACUUUCACGGCAGUGUCCUUUCCUCCACCCAUUCCUGGCGCCCAGCACCGGCCCCCCUGGGAGCAGCACCUGCCACCUCUCAUCGCCCCCGCAUUCCCUCCUGGCAGCGGCCUGCUGCUGCCGGCUUUCCCCAGGAUGCCUUUGGUGGCUAACGGUGGCUGUGGCCCCCGUGCCCCUGGGGCUUGCAACUUCACUGUCCGAGUCAGGUCACAAGGGAGGCCAGUGCAGGCCCCCCAGACUCCGACGUUUAUCGUUCCUCAGGGCCCCCUCAACUGGAGCGCUCCAGGGGCCCUCAGCGGGAGUGCUGCAUGUCCUGCACCCAUAUUCUUAGCCACCCCUGCGAUGGAGACCAUUGUGACUGCUCCAGCUGUUGGAGUUACUCAGGCUGGCAGGGGAGGCUGGACCCCAGGCUUUCCUCCUCAAGCUCCACCACCAGCUGCCCAGAUGGCCCCUAACAUUCGCCCGGUGAACUCUGGGCCAUGGCCACACGGCACUUCCAGGGAGGGCAGCCUGGACACCAACCAGCCCUACGCCUCGCAGGAGGACUGCUCGAACCACCAGAGCGUGUACAGUAACUUCCGACGGUGGCAGCGCCUCAAGCCACUGGCCCGGAGACACCUUCCCCAGAGUCCUGAUGCGGAAGCUCUUUCCUGCUUUCUCAUCCCAGCGCUUCGAUCCCUGGCCCACCUGAAGCCGACCAUGAAGCUGGAGGAGGGACUGUGCAGGGCCGUGCAGGAAUGGCAGCACAUUAGCAACUCUGACCGGAUGAUCUACUACGAGAUGGCGCAAAAGUGA